GUAGCAGAGCCUGUUUCAUAAAUGUUGACUUUUGGGCUCAGCACAGUCAGAAAUGGGUCUUUCUGGGAUUCAGUUGUGGACAUGGACACUGUUUGUCUUUCUGAGCUGGAUGUUUGUGGGUCAAGUGGUGGCGGAACCACAGUACAUGGUAACCUUUCCUGCGGUCCUUGAAGCUGGAGCUGAGACCACAUUCUGUGUGAGUCUCUUGCGGCCCAGCGAGACUCUUGUCAUGACCGUCACUCUGAUGUCCACAGAGACGAACACAACCCUCUUCAAGGAGACAUCCAACACAGACUUUCAUACCUGCACUCAGUUUCAGGCUCCUUUAGUGCAGAACAAUGUGGUGCAGGAAUUGGAGGUGGAGGUACAAGGCGAAACAUUUCACUCAAAAAAGUUGAAGAAAGUCAUGAUCAAAGUCUACAAACCAAUGACAUUCGUCCAAACAGAUAAACCAAUCUACCUCCCUGGACAAACAGUACAUUUCAGAGUCAUUUCCCUGGACACCAAGUUUAAACCUGUCAGUCAGCUGUACGACAUUAUUGAACUUAAGGAUGCUGGAGGCAACCGGAUUGGACAAUGGCUUAACACCACAGCCAAUGGUAAAAUAUUGCAACUGUCUUACCCUUUGAACUCAGAGGCCGUUGAAGGAACUUAUAAAUUAAUUGUGUGGAUUGAUGGACAAAAAAACUAUCACCAUUUCAAAGUGGAGAAAUAUGUUUUGCCAAAAUUUGAGGUAAAAGUUCAAGUGGCAGAUGAGAUAAGCUAUGGAGAUGAGGAAAUCAAAGUUGACGUUUGUGCAAAAUAUACUUAUGGACAUCCUGUGCCAGGCAGCGUUGAAUUUGAGCUGUGCCGACCUCUGGGUCGUCAUUAUAGAAUUGAUGUGUUUGAUAGACAUGGACAGAGAGUCCCUGACAAGUCUGCGCCGUGCUACAGGGAGAUAAAGAAGACAGAAAAGAAUGGCUGUGCAACGUUUAGGAUUCCGAUGUUCACUUUUACUAAAAAAGCCUUAAGGUUCCUGCCGGAUAAACUGUUUCUCAAAACCACAAUGGAAGAGGAGGGGACAGGUAUUUCAUUCUCACAAGGGAAAACAAUAGAGCUAUCUUACACCGUUGGAAAGUUGUCUUUUAUUGACACACCCAAGAUUUAUAACAAAGGGGCAACUGUGGAGGGAAAAGUUAAAGCAGUUUAUUUCAAUGAUACACCUAUUCCUGACAAGCUGGUCUACUUGUUUCUGGGUGAAAGAAGGUCAGCACGAGACCGACAGAACCUCACUACUGACAGCAAUGGUAUCGCCACUUUCUCAUUAAACACAACUAACCACAACGACAAGAUCCAGCUAACAGCUAGCGUGACAUUAUUGCCGGAGCUAACAUACCAGAAUCUACACCAUGGGACAGCAGUUCACACACUGUCUAUGGUCAAGCCAUCUUCUCCUCAUUCUGAAACAGUCAGCUCUCUAGAGGUGAAGAAGAAGUCGAAACCACUUCCCUGUGAUGGAAAAGCGACCAUAUAUAUCCAAUAUGCUAUAGCAGGAGAGACCGAGGGCUUUGUGGAUGUGAUGUGGUUGAUAUUAUCCAGAGGAGCCAUUAUCGGGCAACAAUUUCAUAAGGUUGCAGUGCUUAAGGAAUCCGUGACUGCAGGCGAGUUGUCCUUUCAGUUGAAAGUGACUCCAGAUAUGGCACCAAUGGUCCAGAUUGUUGCUUAUACUGUCCUCCCCAGUGAGAUUGUGAUCGCCCACAGUGAAGACUUCUCCACAGAGAAAUGCUUCAGUAACAAGGUGUCAGUAGAGUUUUCUCCAUCCUCAGCUGUCCCAGGAGAGGAAAUCACCUUGCAGUUAAUGGCCCAGCCAGACUCUCUAUGUGGCGUGAGUGCUGUGGACCAGAGCGUUCUCAUCAAGGAGCCGGGGAAGACUCUUAAUGUAGACCAGAUAUUUAGUUUGUUGCCUGUUAAAAAAGCAUCUGGUAUUCGAGACGAUAUUGAAGAUCCUGUAGGGUGUAUAAAUGUGAGACAACGAAGAGAUAUUUUGAGAAAAAUUGGAUAUGGCGAUAGAGACGAUCCUUACUCAGUUUUUGAGAAAUUGGGCCUGAAGAUGGCAACAAAUGUGUUCAUCAGGAUGCCAUCAUGUGUGAACUUCAAGGGAGCACCAUACUACACCUCCAUCCUUCAUGGUGAGACUUCUUACUUUAUCAGUUAUAAGCUUCCCCCCCCAAUAAUUGUACACUCGAUGUCGUUGGGUGCUAGUGUGUCAUGGCCGGAGGAUCAUGGAGCUGCUCCACCAAUAGAGACAGCCCGCAGUUUCUUCCCUGAGACUUGGAUCUGGGACCUGGUGGAAAUUGGAGAGUCUGGAACAAAAGAUGUGUCCUUGACUGUCCCAGACACCAUCACCACCUGGGAGACGGAAGCUUUCUGUCUGUCCCCUCAUGGUUUUGGCUUGGCUCCUCGUAAAGAGCUCACCGCCUUCCAGCCCUUCUUCCUCGAGCUCACCUUGCCCUACUCCAUCAUCCGGGGGGAGCACUUUGAACUGAAGGCAACUGUCUUCAACUACCUGUCCAGCUGCAUCAUGGUCAGUGUGACGCCAACACUCUCUUUAGAUUACACCCUCACCCCUCUCUCUGAUGACCAGUACACUUCCUGUUUGUGUGCCAAUGAACGCAAGACCCUCAGCUGGAGCCUGGCACCCUCAGUCUUAGGAGUCAUGAAUGUGACAGUGAGCGCUGAAGCUGUGAAAUCCCACGCAUCAUGUAACAAUGAGAUUGUAACCGUGCCAGAGAGAGGUCGCAUCGAUGUGGUCACACGGCCUCUCAUAGUAAAGGCUGAAGGAACUGAGAUGACAAAGACUCACAACUGGCUGCUCUGCCCAAAAGAUGAUGCUUUGACAGAGGAAGUAGAGCUACAACUCCCCGAGAAUGUGAUUGAUGGGUCUGCCCGGGCUUCACUAUCAGUUCUAGGUGACAUCCUGGGUCGGGCCUUGAAGAACCUGGAUGGACUGCUGAAGAUGCCGUAUGGAUGUGGGGAGCAGAACAUGGCUCUCCUGGCCCCCAACAUCUACAUCCUCCAGUACCUGAAAAACACAGAUCAGAUGACCCCAGCCAUCAAGGAAAAGGUUACCAAUUUCCUGAGUAGUGGCUACCAGAGGCAGUUGAACUACAAGCACUAUGAUGGCGCUUACAGCACAUUCGGAAGUGGAACACCGAACACUCGGUUGACUGCUUUUGUACUGAGAUCCUUUGCCAAAGCACAGUCUUUCAUCUACAUCGACCCAGCAAAGAUUAAGCAGUCAAAGACUUGGCUGAAGAGAAAACAACUUCCCAAUGGCUGUUUCCAAAAGUCAGGAAAACUCUUUAACAACAGAAUGAAGGGUGGUGUAUCUGAUGAAGUGACUCUCAGUGCUUACAUCACUGCUGCGUUCUUGGAGAUGAAUAUUUCAGCUGCUCAUCCUGUGGUGAACAAGAGCUUGUCUUGCCUCAAAGAGUCCACCAGUGACCUCAAAAACACCUACACUGCAGCUAUGCUUGCAUACGUCUUCACCUUGGCUGGAGACAUGGAGACCCGUGCUCAACUGCUGGAGCACCUAGACAAGGUUGCACUACAUGACGAGGGUUCCCUCCACUGGUCUCAGACAGCAACAGAAACGUCAGCCUCUCUGUCUGUGGAGAUCAGCUCCUAUGUGAUGCUGGCCAAACUCAGCGCCUCCCCUACUGUUGAAGACCUGGGCUACACCAGCCGCAUCGUUAGAUGGCUGACAGGCCAGCAGAACCAUUAUGGAGGCUUCUCCUCUACACAGGACACAGUGGUGGCUCUUCAGGCUCUGGCUCUCUACUCCACUCUGGUGUUCAGUCCAGAGAGUUCAAGCACAGUGACAGUCCAGUCUCCCAGUGACCAGAUGACAUUUGAUGUUAACAGUAGAAACAAACUGCUCUACCAGGAGAAGACACUGCAGGAUGUGACAGGAAAGUACAGUCUGGACGUGAAGGGAACUGCAUGUGCUGCAGUGCAGAUUUCUCUUCAUUAUAACAUCCCAACCCCUGCUGAUGUGACCACUCUCAGUGUCAAAGUCACACCAGAGGCUGACUGCCGAUCUCUGAGACCUAAACUAACUCUGAACCUUCAGUCCCUAUUUAGUGGAAAAGAGAGCAGUACAAACAUGGUGAUCCUGGAUAUCAAAAUGCUUUCUGGAUUUGUCCCACAUCAAGAGUCGUUGAAGCAGCUCAAACGCUCCCCGCUGGUGGAUCGUGUUGAAGUAAAGGAAGAUCAUGUUCUUGUGUACUUAGAGAAGUUAAUGAAGAACAUACCCAUCAAACACAGCUUAGAUCUCACACAGGAGCUCGAAGUGCAGAACCUGAAGCCUGCCUUGGUUAAGAUCUAUGACUACUACCAACCAAGUGACCAGGAUGAGGUAGAAUACAUCUACCCUUGUGCUGCAGCUUAACGACUGAAGUGUGGUCACACAUCUCAAGCCCCAGGCUCUUACUGAUGAGACUAAUAUAUCAAUACAUUUUAAUAAAGAUAAACUACAUUUAAUUUCCAUA